UAGUAAUAGUACAAAAUAAACAGUUCCAAACUCAAUGUUGAAAAGGAAAGCCAACUUUCGGAGCUCAACUCCACGCUGGAAAAUCGUACAAUUAAAACAUAGAAACAGAAAAUUAGUAUCGUAUUGAUCUGUUUCAUGAUAUUUUUGUUAUUUGAAUGGCGAUCGUCUCUGGAUGCAGCUUAAUUCUUGGCAAUGCUAGCUAUUACAUGCCUCAAAUUGUAACUUGCUCUCUCCUCCAUUCCCACUUUCUUCUCUUUUUUAAAUUCCUUUUUCCUCUGUUCUCCGUCCAUUUUCAUUUUGCCUCUCUCCAUCAAUUCAAAAUAUACAAAUUCAAUAUCCUCGAUAGUUGUCAGCUCGGGGAUUUCACAAACCAGAUCAGUUACCAGGUGACGAAUUCUCCAUGGAGUUGCUUCAGGAGUGUGUUGGCAAAAGAGCCAUUCCUACUAGACCAUAUGCAGAACUGGCACAUAAGAAGAGAGCUUUGUUCAAUCAUUCCCGAAUUCUUGUGUUGAAAGGAAUGGAUUCCAAGUGUGCUUAUGACAUUUCUGAUUUUGCAUCUGUGAAUGGUUCUUUUAGAGGGGGUGAAAAUGGGUUUUGUGUUGGAAAGAUAAGUAGAUACCAGAAGGAAGAAGGUGAAAUUGGACGAAUAACAAGGAAGGCUUUUGGUGAAUUGAAUUGCGAUAGGAGCCAUCCAAAUGGUUCUGAAUCACCUACUGCACCCAUUUAUGCAUGUCACUCUCCUCGUUCCAACCACUUUAAUGGGCAGGGAGCUACUGAUGUAACUCAAUCUGGGAAAAUAAAAUUAUUGUGCAGUUUUGGUGGAAAAAUAUUGCCAAGGCCAAUUGAUGGUAAACUCAGAUAUGUUGGGGGAAUGACGCGCAUUAUUUCCAUUCAGGACUGUCUUUCUUGGGAAGAGCUUGUGAGGAGAACUUCAUAUAUUUGUAACCAACCUCAUUCAAUCAAGUAUCAACUUCCAAAUGAGGAACUUGAUGCCCUUAUAUCUAUUUCUUCUGAUGAAGAUCUUCAGAACAUGAUAGAGGAAUACCAUGGGCUUAGAAAGCUAGGUUCUAAAAGGCUGAGGAUAUUUUUGAUUCCUAAUGAUGAGUCUGAAAGUGCAUCUUCCCUUGAUGCUAUCACCAAUCAGCAGAGCAAUCCUAAUUACCAAUAUAUGGUAGCUGUCAAUGGCACUGUAGAUCCUGCUCAUAGGAAAAUCUUCCGUCGGCAAUGUCCACCCGGUGAAGGAAGUCAACCAGGACCCAAUCUGGACCCUAACUCUAGUUUCCACAAAUAUUGCCCAACUUCCGUAAUCCCUGAUAGAAUUAUGAGUUAUAACAACAAUUUGUCUAAUGCAGACCGCAACCAAACUUCGGGUUUUGCUAUUGGUACUCAAAAGAAAAGCUUGCAAGUCACUCAGAAGAUGGUUCCUUCAUCCUUGGCUAUUAGGAGUAACAUAGAGCAUCCACAGACCUUGGACAAAGUCACAUCUGAUAUAGCUGAAUGUUUUGGUUUCAGUGGGAAAGUGAUUCGAAGAGGAGAUAUAUCUAAAGAAGAUAUGCUUAUGGGAUCAACAAAGUUGCCUUCACCCAUCGUUUAUGUUGACUCUGUUCUGUGUUCAAACUUGCUCGGUGAAAACCUUCAUGCUAUGUCAGAUAUUCCAGCCAAUGAUGUAGCUAGGAGAGAGGUUCCUCUCAUUGAUGAUGAAUAUACUUACCCCAAUCUGAAUGCUGACAAGGUGGUUCUCCAAGGAUCUGUACACAAGAAUUCAAUGGUCGGAGAUGUCAUUGCAGAUUCUGAGUCUAAGGAUUCUACAGCUGAUGUUCGAGACAGGGAUGAGUCCUUAAAAAAUGCUGUCAAAGCUGAAAUUGAAGCCAACAUCUAUGGCUUGCAGGUUAUUAAAAGUGCUGAUCUUGAAGAACUGAGGGUGCUAGGAUCUGGUACAUUUGGAUCUGUUUAUCAUGGAAAAUGGCGGGGAACAGAUGUUGCUAUAAAGAGAAUAAAAAGGAGUUGCUUUUCUGAGAAACCAUCAAAGCAAGACAGGAAGACCAAAGACUUUUGGAGAGAAGCACAGAUCCUCUCAAAUCUGCAUCAUCCAAAUGUGGUUGCAUUUUAUGGAGUAGUACCAGAUGGAACUAGAGGAACUCUGGCGACUGUAACUGAAUAUAUGGUCAAUGGAUCACUUAGGAAUGUCCUAAUCAAGAAGGAUAGAUCCCUUGAUUGUCGCAAAAAGAUUAUAAUUUCCAUGGAUGCAGCUUUUGGCAUGGAAUACUUGCACUCCAAAAACAUUGUCCAUUUUGAUUUGAAAUGUGACAAUUUGCUUGUCAAUCUAAAGGACCUCCAACGACCCAUAUGCAAGGUUGCAGAUUUUGGAUUAUCAAGAGUCAAGCGCAAUACUCUUGUUUCCGGAGGUGUGCGAGGAACCCUCCCAUGGAUGGCACCAGAAUUAUUAAAUGGCAACAACACCCAUGUUUCUGAGAAGGUUGAUGUGUACUCAUUUGGAAUUUUAAUGUGGGAAAUCUUGACUGAGGAGGAGCCGUAUGCCCAUAUGCAUUGUGGUGCUAUUAUAGGGGGGAUAGUGCAGAACACUCUUCGACCUCCAAUUCCGGAACAUUGUGAUCCUGAUUGGAGAAAGCUGAUGGAACAAUGCUGGUCACAUGAUCCCAAAUCUAGACCAUCAUUCACCGAGAUAGCGAACAGGCUGCAAUCCAUGUCUACGUUGCUUUCAGCUCCAGGGAUCUAGACAGACAAAAGCCUAAUGAUAUGGCAUGACAUUGUUAAAUUCGGAGCACCGGUUUCAAUUGUAUGUAUACCUCUAAACUUGCAACCCAACCGUUCGAGGAUGAGGAUCGAAUCAUCGAGGAUAAGCAUGAGUAGAGAACGUUUUUCCCAUUCUCUCUCAUCUAUGUUAAU